AUGUUCAGCUCGUGGGAUCUCGUGCGACCGCGCUUCUGGUACCCCAUGUCGUCACUCGAACAGUCUAUGAUGGAGCUCGAGCACAUGAGUGACAGCAUGAUGCGACCGCGCUUCCCUUUUGGGGCGCGUCGAGAGAUGCUCGCCACUCCAACUCCAAAGCACGUCAUGUACUCCGGGAAGUCGACGGAUGAUGACGACUUCUUCGUCGACCUGCCUGUGGUGGCACACAAGUACAAGCCGACGGCGUUCCAACCGGUGCAAAAUGCACCGCAACAGGAUCAACAAGUAUCCAGCACCAAGACAGCGAAGGAUGAAGACUCGAUGAGCCACUCGUUCUCGUCUUACUCGUUCAGCAACUCGUCUGUUGUGGACGAGAAGGAUCGACGAGUGGCAACGACGCGUCGCCGCUACGAAGACUCCACGGGUCAUCUCAAAGCGGUGCAUGAACGAGAGAUCGACGGAAAGAAGAUGCGCACGACCUGGCGACGACAAGGCAAGGGAGAGGAUGAACAGCACGAGUCCAUCUGCUCGAGCGGUAGUCCGGAGGAGUUUGAAGCACUGUGGCAGCAGACGCCAUUCGGUGCGGCACAGAAGAAGUCAGUGAAAUGCCAGCUGCAGGCCGAGUCGGACGUCGGUCGAGACAUGACACCGUCGAUGACACCUGCGCCGCUGGCGGACACUACUUUCCAUGAAAAGUCAACGGAGAUGACAUCGAUGGAGAAAUGCGCGGAGGUAGAGACAGAAAAGAAGCACAACUUGUAG